CACAGUCAGACAAAGACAGAGGGAUUCUGAACAACAAAAACAAACUGCAAGAGACAAAAUGGCAUCAGCAUAUGAAGCCUCUGACGUUUGCUACGGAGGAGACCAAGGUGGCUUUGGUGUUGACCUUGCUGACAGGGGAAGCAGCGUUGUGGGGAACAGCGGUGUGGGAGAACCAACAUCCCUGUUGUUCCUCGUUCCACGCCCUCCGGGAGGAGAUGAGAAAAGUCUUUGAUCGUGCGGCGACGGGCCGCGAGGCAGCUCAGCGAUUAGCUGACCUCCAGCAAGGAGAGAGGACCGUCUCCUGUUAUUCGAUUGAAUUUCGGACUCUAGCAGCAGAGAGUAAGUGGAACGAGGAGGCGCAGUGGGACAUGUUCCGGCAUGGGUUGGCUGAUCGCAUCCAAAGAGAAAUAUUCAUGCUGGAGUUACCUCCUGAUUUGGACGGACUCAUAGAUCUGGCACUGUGCCUGGACUCUCGCCUUCAGCAAGGUGGUCAGUGAGGUCGUCACCUGCGAGACGUCGCGUUUUUCGAAUAUUCUCCUACUAACUCCGAUGAUGCGAUCAGUCAUCCGCCAGGAGGCGAACCCAUGCAGCUGGGGAGAGCUCGGCUUUCCCGGGAGGAGAGAGAACGCAUGGAGCGAGUCAUGUUAUGCUUCUUGUCUUGUGUCUGCAUGUUCCGCUCUGUCUUGUUCUCUGUUGCAGGAUGAGGCGGUGAACCUGUCAAACGUCCCACGACCUGAAGGAGGUGUUCAAUCCUUGAUGUUUGUCCUCGCGCUCCCGCUCACUCCGUGGCUCCAGUGUCUGGCUUUCGGGUUCAUCUUCACAAUCCUUUCCUGGGAUUCCGUCCUCGGUGAUUCAGGUGAUGAUCUGAGGAUCGUGCUACUGGGAGUCUCUGGAGCUGGAAAAAGUUUAUUGGGAAAUGCAAUACUGGGUGGAGAGGCAUUUAAAGAGAGCAGAACCAGAAAGAGUGAGAUACAGACAGGAAGAGUAGAAGACAGAAACAUCUCCAUCAUCGACACUCCAGGAUUCUUCAACACUCAACUGACUGAUGAAGAGAUGAAGCAGCAGAUGAUGAACAGUCUGUAUCUUGCUCAUCCUGGUCCUCAAGUGUUCCUGCUCGUCAUCAACCUAGAAAACUUCAGAAAGGAGCAGAGGGACAUUGUGGAGCAAAUUCAGGAGAACUUUGGAGCUCAAGCUUUGAAGUUCACAAUAGUGCUGUUUUUUGGAAGAGAACAAAUGUCAAGGAUAAAAUGGAUGCUCUUUAUACAUGAUACAAAAUUUCAGGAGUUGGUCAGUCACUGCAGAAAUAAUUAUCAUGUGAUCAACAGCAAAAAUGAGAUUAAAUUAUCUCAUACCACAGAACUUCUAGAAAAGAUUGAUGAAAUCAUCAAACAGAAUAAUCACCAGUAUUACAAUAAUGAUAUUUACUUAAAGCCUCUAACCAAGAUCAGAAUAAAAAAGGAAAAACAAGAGGGAAAAAAUAGCAACAAAGCAACUGCGCGAGAGGAAGAGAUGAAACAAGAGCAAAUAAAUAUAGUGUGGGACAGAUUUGCAAUGGGCAGCCUCAAGAAACUGACACCAAUAGAACAAAACUUGAUCGGAGCAGAUCUCAGGAUCGUGUUGGUGGGUAAAACUGGGUUUGGAAAGAGCGCAUCAGGAAACACCAUCCUGGGACAAAAAAUGUUCACAGAACAAUUGUCUUCUCAAUCUGUGACCGUGAAAUGCCAACAACAUCAGCAGAUGGUAGAUGGUAAAAUUGUCUCAGUGAUUGACACUCCAGGACUGUGUGAUACAUCAAUGAGUGAAGAACAACUGAAGAAUGAAUUAGUGAAGUGUGUCGAGAUGUCUCUUCCUGGUCCUCAUGCAUUUCUUCUUGUCAUCAGACUGGACGAGAGAUUCACAAAUGAACAGAAAAUUACAGUGAAAUGGAUUCAGAGAAACUUUGGAGAAGAUGCUGCUCAUUACACUAUCAUUCUGUUCACUAGAGGAGAUCAGUUAGAUAUACCUAUAGAGGAGUUUCUGACAAGAGAUGAGGCAUUUAAAAGCUUAAUUGAACAGUGUAAAGGCAGGUAUCAUGUUUUCAAUAACAGAGAUAAAAAUCGAGAUCAAGUUAAUAAACUGCUGGAGAAGAUAGACAAAAUGGUGAUGGAGAACAGAGGACAGCAUUACACCAGUAACAUGUACAAGGAUGCUCAGAGAAAAAUCAGGGAAGAAGAGAGGAAGCAGAGAGAGGAAGAGAGGAAAAUAAUUGAAGCAUAUGAAGAAAAUGUAAGGCAGGAAGAAAAAAACAGGCUGAAAAAGAAGGUUAAAAAUGUAGCAUUAGUGGCUGGAGCUGUAGUAGGUGCAGGAGCAGCAGUUACUGGAGGUGCAGCAUUAGUUGCUGCUACUGGAGGAGUGGCACUACCUGUAGUUUUAAUCGGAGGAGGAGCAGUCAUCUCGGGAGGAACAAGUGGAAAACUUAUUGCAGAUAAAAUUAAAGAAAUCAGAAGGGGUGUAAACUCUAUACCCCUGACUGUUAACCUAACCAAAACUAGCAAUUAACCCCCUCCAAUAUUUAUCCUAGUCUUUCAGUAUACAGUAUUGGAUAUACAGUUAGUCUUUCCAUAAACAGAAUAUACAUAGCAAAAUAAAUAAUUUAAAGGUAUAGUUCAGCCAACAAUGAAAAUGUCCUUAUCGUUUACUAUGACUAACUUUCUUUCUUCAGCAGAAAUGAAAUGCCAUCUAAUGGCAUCUAAAUUUUGGAUUUGAAAGAUGUAUUUGUAUCCAUCUCAAGUGAACAGGGCUCAACGUAGACCACACUGUAAAAAAAAAAUAAUAAUAAUAAAAAUAAAAAUAAAAAACGUGCCAAAACGUUUACCAUUAAAGGGAGUAAUGGUUAAAUAUAAUAAAUAAAUAAAAAUCAAUAAAAAUAAACUCAAUGACUGGUAGAAGCAGCUACCAAACAAAAACUGUUAAAUUACAGUAAAAUAUCUUUUUUUUUUUUUCUUGAAAAAGUUUGAUAAAAAAAAACACUGUUACUCUACAGGUAUUUCCUGGAUUACUAUUAUUAUUGUUUUAUUGCACAUUCUCUGUAAACUGUAAAUCUCUUGCAGUAAACCAUUACACUGUAAACAACUGCUGUAAAAAAUGGCCAUAUUCUGACAGUAACAAACUGCUUUUUCAUUAAAACAGUAAAAUUUCAUAGAAAACAUUCUGCAUUCUGGGUAAUAUUUGCUGUUUUCAAGAAAGUAGCCUUAUUCAGUGCUGUGAAUUUACAGUGUUCAGAGUCAACACUCAGAGGCUGUGUUUCAAAUCACACCCUACACCCUCAUUCACUAUUCCCUACAUGAGUUUACUAAUAUAGUCCACCUGACAGAAAUAAUGAAAACUAAUGAGUGAAUAAGUGAAUUAUAAGUGUGAUUAAGUGGUUUUGGUUAAUUAUUGAUGACGGUGUAAUCACCAUCUAGUUGCCUGAUUCACUGAGCUCAUUCAGUGGCUAAUUUCUAAUGCUAUGGUGUGCUUUUUUGUUAGUUUCAGGUUAUUUACUAUAGCUGCUGUAUAGUCCCUUUUCCUGUUAGUAAACAUUGAAGUUUUUUCUGUGGGCGGAGCUUCGGUGGUGGCAGAAAGAUUCCACUGACCGCUUCACAAAUGCUAGCUAUGAAAUCUGUUAACUUGUUUUUUUUUAACAAUAACUGGAGAAAUUCCGAUUUUACAUGCAUAUGUAAGGCCACUCAUUUUCUGGGACCACGUUAUUUGAAAAGGUUAACGUUAAUGGACGAAACCAGAUUGGCCGACCUGUACUCACUCAAAGGAUGGACGAUCUGACAGGAUUACUUCCGGAUGAGUGACUCACAUCUAACAUGUAUAGUAAAGACAAACUCACCAUGUAUCUAGUCAUGAAGAUGUACUAUACAAUAUAUUUCAGUUUCAGCAGGCAACUAUUUUUACAGCUACAUUAUUAUUCCAGCCACAAUUACUCAUAACAAUGUGUAUACGAUUACACAUGAUUAAGCAUAUCAUGGAAUGCUUAACACAGGAAUUUCAACUCUAAACACCAGUUUUGGAGACAAAGGAUAUGUUGGCACAUGGCUGAGUUGUUUGCAGUUUCUCCAAUUACUUAUGGAUUAUGCAUAUAACCUACUACAUUUCAACAUAAAGGACAGAUACUAUCAACAAAAUCAGGACCAAAGUGAAAAACCAAACACCAACUUCAGAAAUAAACGGUAUGUCUUCAUAUGGCUACUCUGUAUGUGGUUUCUUUGUUUCCCUUUUGGUCAUUGCUUGAGCCUGACUGAAGGUGAAACAUCAAGUAUCCCUGCCCAUACUUCACCUAUGAUUAGUAUAUCAGCACUGAACUUUUGUGGACAUGGAUAUCAUGUUUUCUACUUAGCUUGUUGGCAAUGCGAUCAAGAAAUUUUCAUUGCAAACCAAGUUAAACAACGUAUAAAAGGCAGAAGGAAAGGACAUGCUCUGAAAGUUCUGUUCUUUUUGCUCUUGCUAAGUGGUGAUAUACAGCUAAACCCAUAUGGAAUUAGAUUUGUGCCAAAUAAAAUGAAUGUAAUUUUUAAAGAAAUGUAUGAAAAUAUCAAGUGAAACUGAAUAAAAUGUCUUUGAAACUAAAAAAUAAAUAAAUUA